AUGGGUAUGUCGCUCAUCCUCGCCUUCGCUGACGAUGCGAUUCUCACUAUAGGUAUCGAUCUCGACGCUCAUCACGUUCGGAACACGCACCGAAAGGCGCCAAAGAGUGACAAUGUCUAUCUCAAGUUACUCGUGAAGCUGUAUCGCUUCUUGGCCCGCCGAACCGACUCCUCCUUCAACAAGGUCGUUCUCCGUCGCCUUUUUAUGUCCCGCAUCAACAGACCCCCGGUCUCCAUCUCCAGGAUUGUUGCGAACACCUCCGAGAAGUCCAACAACAAGACCAUUGUCGUUAUCGGCACCAUCACCGAUGACAACCGUCUCUUGACCGUCCCCAAGCUCAGCGUUGCCGCUCUUCGCUUCACGGCUACGGCUCGUGCCCGCAUCAUCGCGGCUGGAGGAGAGGUUUUGACUCUGGAUCAAUUGGCUCUUAGAGCUCCUACUGGAAGCAACACCCUGCUCCUCAGAGGACCAAAGAACUCCAGAGAGGCUGUUAAGCACUUCGGCUUCGGACCCCACAAGCACAAGAAACCAUAUGUUGAGUCCAAGGGUCGCAAGUUCGAGAAGGCUCGUGGACGUAGGCGUUCCAGAGGUUUCAAGGUGUAA